AUGCUUUCAGCACUUAUUGUUGUUCUAAUUUGCAUUAAUUUUGUUUUCGGAGAUGAAAAAGUGAUGGAGAAAGAGCAAUUUUCUGUGGAAGAAGCAACAACACUCGAAGAAGAAAGUAUUAGUGAAAAAGACUUUGUGGGAAAAGGUUUUUCUGUGGAAGAAACCAUUCUCGAAGAAAAAAGCAGUUCCGAAGAAGAUUUCAGUAAAAAUUUUACCAACAGUUUAAACUGUACGGAAAUUAAGUUGACAAAUAAUUCUACAUCUCUAGAUGCAAUAUCUUGCAUUUAA